UUGUUUUGUUAGCUUCGCUUGGGGUAGCUAUCUAUGGGAUUUUACUUAUGUUGACCUUGAGGAUACGUGGAAUAAGAUACAUCAUUAUUUAUCACUUCCUGAGCGUGGUCAAACUUUAAAGUAUUCCGUCUCAGGAUUUACUGCUCCAAUUAGGAUAUGGAUAUAUGAGAUGAUUCCGGCUGUUCGUGCAUGUGGAUUUGCAUUGAGAAAAAAUAAAGACUUGCCUCGGAUGAAAAGAUGGAGCGGAACAAAAAAAUUGAAAUGGGUUGACGUGAACAAGAUUUGGUCAAAGAUGCAGGAGGGGCUACCACCAAGACAAAACUUGUUACCGGGUGAUGGUGAGAUGACAUCUUUUUAUUAUAUGUCAUUUCAAGAGUAUGUAUAUGGUGAAGGGAAAGCAGUUCCAUCCCCAGUACGGGACCAUUUUAGGAGACAAGACGAAUCUUCGUCUAGUAUGUCGUCCAGUGGUCGCUCUCAUGGUAGAGGUCGGGGCAGUGGGAAACACAAGCUAGACGAGUUGUUGAAACGGGUACAUGCACUGGAGCAGCAUGUGUUUAUGAAUCAACAAAAACCUACAGAGGUUUUUUAUGAAGAAGUGAAUAAUGAACAAUUUUGGAACGACAUUAUUUUUGAGGAACUGACAGUGUCACAAAAAAAUUAUGAUGAACAGGUUAGUUACACGCUACAUUAUUUAUUAAAUUUUAUUAACAUAUAUGAAUACCUGUGUUCAUAUUUUAUAUUUGAAAAUAUAGGUUGUGCAAGAUGAAGUGAUGAAUAAAAACAAUACAACUCAAA